GGAAUGUGUUACUAACAGCAGAAAAUCUCACCAAAAUGUAUCAACUAGUAAUACAGAACAAAUUAUCGGCUGUAUAGAAUACAAUUGAUUUUUUGUUUGAGUAUAUCAUGAAGUGGAAAGUAACACCAAGUUGGAUAUUGGUGGUGAGUCCAGGUACAGCAGUCAAGAACAAAGCGAGUCUCUGGAUGUGUUUGAAUGGAGGACUAGUACUGGUCGAGUCGCGUGCUGUUGACUGUGCUGUGGGAGUUUCCUGUCAUGUUGUAAUUGUAUGGCGCUCAGCAUUUGACCGAGAGUUCUAGUACAUGGUGAGCCACAUUCACAUUCAGAGGAACAUCCGCCGUCGCUCCAGGUCACGCCGUAAAAUGGUGAAAGUGCUGAUGUUUUAACCCUGGGGGCACUAGUCCCACAGCACUAAUUCUUCAGAGCAUUAACCUUAUUGAGGAGCCUUGCAUCACUCAUGUCAUGGCAGAUGAGUCUUACAGUGAUGCAAAAUGCAAAGCCGUCUCAAUAUGGUAUUUCUUUGCUUGUUCUGCAAUUUGAUGAAGAUGGAGUGUCAUCAUGGAAAGAGAAGAACUAACCGCAACAGCAAAGAUGAAAAUGCUGUAAUUGGUCACUUGGAUGGACCCAAGGGACCAAAAGAUUCCAGGUUAGAGACAAGAAUAGUGAAUGGUUCCCUGGUGGGAAGCAAGAUGUCUUCUGCUGGAGCUACCCACACUGACAACAAGAUUACAAGCUAUUUUUCUCCCUCAAGAUCUCCUCCAAUUGCUGAUGAUGCAGAAAUAGAAGGUGCCACUGUCCUUGAAGGGGAGUGUGGGAAAGAUCCUGAGCUUAGCGAUGCCCAGCUCAGUCGCCCUCUCCCCACUUCUGCUUCUACCAUACAAACCAAGGUCAUAAAUGGUCACAUUGGAACAGCACAAAAUAAACCUCUGCCAAAUGCAGCUCCUAAGCGAACUGUUUGCACACGAAGCCAGGCACUAAAGGAGUUGCAGCUUCAGUCAUCCACUGCUGCUCUUAGUAAUGGUGUUAAAUCCUCCAACUCUUCCAGCAGUAACUUAUCUUCUCAAUGUUCUGUUAGUAUUGCCACACCUUCUGCCAGUCCUGAAAUGCCUACAUCAGUGUCAACCCCCACCACUCCUACCUCUUCCACUUCACUGGUGACAGAUGAUUGUUCUAGUCCCCAUACAGGGCCACCAACUCCUCACAAAAUCCAGGCCCUCAAUGAGGAAAAAUUGCGGCUUGACUCACCACUCUCACCCACUUCAGCCCUUUCAAAACUCAAGUUGUCACUCACACCAAAGAAACUUAAGUUCAAUGAUAAAACAACCAAGACAAGGAGAAAGCUUCCUACCCAAAAUGCUACCCGAGGAACUUUACAGUCCAAGACAGAGAAAGUAUCAAAAGUAAAUAAUCCAGCACAAAUGUCAAAUGGUGAAGCUAAACCCACCCAACGAAAUACCCAGAUGAGCGAAUUCUUUCCCAUACGUAGAUCAGAACGAAAACCAAAGACAACCCUUUUACAAGAACGUCAAAAGGAAAUUGAGGAAAGGAUAUGUAGUGGCAAAGAAGAAGGUUUGACGGGGGUGGCAGUGCAGGCUGAGAUGGGUCACAAGCAGGACAGAGACAGAAUUGAAAUCCCUGGUAAGAAGCAGACACUUGAGUUUCCCCUCACUGUUAUUUGGCUGACAGAAGUCAUCAUACAUCUGGCAACUCAGGCAUCUCUGGACAUCCACACACAUCACACUUUCAUGGUAAAGCACUUUGGAGCCAAAGGGCGUGGGGUGGUAACAACAAGGAAGUUCAAGAAGGGGGAAUUUGUUGUUGAGUAUAUUGGAGACCUUAUUGAUGUAAGGGAAGCAAAAGAAAGAGAGUCAAGAUAUGCACAAGAUGCCACUAAAGGUUGCUACAACUACUAUUUUACUUUCCAAAAUCAACAAUACUGUAUUGAUGCCACAGCAGAGAGUGGAUAUUUAGGAAGGUUGGUGAAUCACAGCCGCAAUGGUAAUCUUGUGACAAAAGCAGUGGAGGUCAACGGCCGACCUCACUUAAUCCUGUUAGCAAAGCAAGAUCUAGACCUUGGAACAGAGAUCCUCUAUGAUUAUGGAGAUCGCUCAAAAGAGGCCUUGGAACACCAUCCAUGGUUAGCAUCAUGAUUACUUGUCUUGACCCAUAUUUACCAUGAGGCUCACUGGGGUAUGGUUUAACAGUAAGGGAACCAAGAUUGUCAGGGAUAACUUGAGAGGUCAGUAUUAUAUGCUUUAAGUGCAGGAAUUUUUGGAGAGAGGUUUUUCCAAAGGUGGCAUUGGAAAUUAAACCCUUGAAUUAUAUAUAUACAGGAGAAAUUUACAGGUGUCAUAAAUAUUUAUUACUAUGGUAAUGCUAAAUGCAAAAUUUUUAGGACAGUGAAUACUUGUAAGUACUUGUAUCUGUAUUCCUAUUCUGGCCUUAAGCCUAGCUCUAGCUUACCCCAUUGACCCUCUUGAUCUGUGAUGUGUGUCAUCCCUUUGACUCAUUGAUUACAGUUAUAUGGUAUGGAUAUUGAAUUUUGAACAAAAACAAAGCUUCAAUAUACUCUAAAACAAACAUAUUUCAUACUUGCUUUACACACACAGGAAAGGAAAAACUAAGGCUUGGUACAGAAACACUUGACAUGUGAGGUGUAUUUACUGUAUUAUUAUUUCCUCUAUUUAGUGGUCAUGUGUGUCAUCUGCAUAGUUAUUAAGAUUUACAGUAUUGCAGCUCAUCAGAAUAAUUCUUGAAGAGGAGAAAAGAAGCAAGAGGAUUAUUGGAGAGGAGAAAAGCUUGUGUAUCACAUUAUAGAUUGCCAUAAUUUUUAUUCUGUUUCUGGGAUAGUACUUAUUAUCAUAAUAGCUUAGCUGGUAUUGUUGGUUAUCGUUCUGGAACGUAUUAUUCGGAACCAAACCAUUAUAUUAUUAUUAUUAUUAUUAUUAUUAUUAUUAUUAUUAUUAUUAUUAUUAUUAUUAUUACAAUUAUAGGUUAUCAAUUACUAUAUUUUUUAAAUGGUCAAAGUAUUAGUGCAGAGACCAGGUCACGUGACUGAGACCAUUGAUCUCACUUUCCAUUAUGUAGAAUGCAUCUUACUUUAAUAAAGGUCCAGUGGAUAUUACUUUUAUGUACAUGUAUAUAACAGAUUGAGUGAUGUCUCAUAGGUUUUAAAUUAGUUUUCGUUCAUUUAACUAUUUCAUAAAUUUCCUGUAGACCUGAAUGUAAUUUUUUUUAUUUUAUAUUAUUUUCAAGCACAGGAUUAACUUUUAAGGUUAUCAUAUAUGUUGCUAACUUAUAAGGAAUCAAAGUUUGAAAUGUAACAUCAAGUGGUUUAAUAAUUAUUGAGUGUAAAGAUGAUUAGAAAGAAACUAGAUUUUAAAAUACUUAAAACUCAGGCCAUCAAAAAAUUAUAUAGUUGUAUAUUGCUUCAGAAGUUUGUCUGUGAGGUGACAAUAUUGAAAUAAUUAUAUUGAAGUAAUAUAUUUUCAUUGUUUGCAAAAAUGUUGGUACAGCAUAACUCUUCAAGUAACAAGGACAUCUCUAUGAAAGACAUUAUUACUUAUUGAAGUAUAGUCAAAUUAAAGGUUAAGUAAAGAAGUGCACAUCUUAGCUGGUUCUUGUAUGUAUGCUUGAUCUUUGCAAAUGCACAAGGGAAUUGUAUUAUGAAUUCAGUGUUAUGAUAAGAUCAUGUUUUAUAUAAUGGCAGCAUUGCAAUCUCAGGAUGGAAAUAUUAUACAGUGGCUGCCUGUCAGUGUUCCUAGCAUCCUCUGUAUGUAGACCUGUGCCUUUUAGAGGACACUGAUGGAGCACUGAAUGCAGGUGUGUAUCUGGUCAGUCUGACAAAUUUGUGGAAACUGUGUAUGCUUAAUGUCUUCACUAUCAAGUAAUAUAUUUAAUCAUGGAUUUAACAGUACUUGAAAUCCUAAUGGCCUAUAUUAUUUUUGUAAAAAUAAAAAAAAAAGUUGCAUUGGAGAUCAUUAGAAAUCAUAGAGCUGCUCAUCAUAGUAUAUAUUCUGCUUUUGUUUUUAGGUCUUAAUUAGUACAAAGCCAUAGGAAAAUAAUUUUAAUUUUAAGAGGCAUGACACUAAAUGAUAGAAAAGAAAUAUAUACAUUUUUAGUACCUAUAUACCAUUGAUGGAAUUUUAAAAAUUUAUUAAUUCAAGCCUCUGAAAUUCAUAAUAAGAUCUCACAUCUAAUAAGUUUAUUAUUGAUGUCAAAAAACACUCCUUAGAUGUAAAUUUGUUUGAUAGUAAUAUAAAAAACAUGGAGAAUAACUAUAAGUAAAAUAAAAUGGACCAAACUCCUAUGUUCAUUUAUGUAAGUUAUUAGUAUUGAUUUAAUCCAUGUAAUACAUAGUGAUAUAAAAUACAGUGAAAAAAAAUAAUAAGGUUAUUACUUAUAACUGAUGAAUUAGGUGUAUGGGUAAGAUGAAAGGUGGUAUCUGAGGUGGAAAGGAAGGCUACAAGGUCAUUGCUUCCUUCAGCACCACCACCAUCACCAUCUCCUCCACCUUCACCUCCACAUCCACUUCUUUCUUCUCCCAUAUUCUUAUAAUCUGAUGAUUGCUGUUUAUUGUCUUUUACUCACUUUCUUUGCUGCACAGGUCUCAAUGAACUCUCUAUAUAAUUCCUGUAGCAAAAGUAACACCUUUUCCUAUCACAAAAUCAAUAAUGAUAUGCUGGUACAUGGCAGAAACUCAUUUGAUUGUGCUAGAUUGGUAAAUCUUCUUAGGUAGGUAGCCAGCAGUAUGUUUUUUUUAUUUUAUUUAUUUAUUUAUUUAUUUAUUUGUUUAUUUUAUUUUUUAUUUAUUUUUUUUAUUUUAUUUAUUUUAGUAUUUAUUUAUUGUUGUUAUUAUUAUUAUUAUUAUUAUUAUUAUUAUUAUUAUUAUUAUUAUUAUUAUCAUUAUUAUUAUUAUUAUUAUUAUUAUUAUUAUUAUUAUUAUUAUAUAUUAUUUAUUUAUUUAUUUAUUUAUUUAUUUAUCUGCCACCAACUCAAGA